GGCAUGUUGUUCUGGCAUAAACAUAAUAUUGAGAAGUCCCUUGCUGAUCUCCCUAAUUUCACUCCCUUUCCGGAUGAGUGGACAGUGGAAGAUAAAGUCCUGUUUGAACAAGCCUUUAGUUUUCAUGGGAAGAGCUUUCACAGGAUUCAGCAAAUGCUUCCAGAUAAGACAAUUGCUAGCCUUGUAACAUAUUACUAUUCCUGGAAAAAAACUCGAUCCAGGACAAGCUUGAUGGAUCGCCAGGCUCAUAAACUAGCCAAUAGACAUAAUCAGGGUGACAGUGAUGAUGAUGUGGAAGAAACACACCCAAUGGAUGGAAAUGAUAGUGAUUAUGAUCCAAAAAAAGAAGCCAAGAAAGAGGGUAAUACUGAGCAACCUGUCCAGACCAGCAAGAUUGGACUUGGAAGAAGAGAGUAUCAGAGUUUACAACACCGCCAUCAUUCUCAGUGAUCUAAAUGCCGUCCCCCUAAGGGCAUGUAUUUAACCCAGGAAGAUGUGGUAGCUGUUUCCUGUAGUCCCAAUGCAGCCAACACCAUCCUGCGGCAACUGGACAUGGAGCUGAUCUCUUUAAAGCGUCAGGUUCAGAAUGCUAAACAAGUAAACAGUGCACUUAAAUAGAAAAUGGAAGGUGGAAUUGAAGAAUUCAAACCUCCUGAGUCAAAUCAGAAAAUUAAUGCCCGUAGGACCACAGAGGAGCAGCUUCUAGCAGUGCAAGGUGUCUGCAAAUAUGGUAAAGAUUUUCAAGCUACUGCAGAUGUAAUUGGCAACAAGACUGUUGGCCAAGUGAAGAACUUCUUUGUAAACUACAGGCGUCGGUUUAACUUAGAGGAGGUAUUGCAGGAGUGGGAAGCAGAACAAGGAACCCAGGCUUCUAAUGGUGAUGCUUCUACUUUAGGGGAGGAGACAAAAAUUGCUUCUAAUGUGGCAUCAGGGAAGAGCACUGAUGAAGAAGAGGAGGCACAGACCCCACAGGCUCCUCGGACCCUGGGUCCACCACCUCCUGCCCCAUCAUCCACUCCAACACCAACAGCCCCCAUGGCCACUCUGAACCAGCCUCCACCACUUCUUCAUCCAAUACUGCCUGCUGCCCCUGCUCUUCACCGGCAGCCUCCUCCACUCCAGCAGCAGGCUCGGUUCAUCCAGCCCCGGCCAACUCUAAAUCAGCCUCCACCACCUCUCAUUUGCCCUGCUAAUUCUCUGCCGCCCCGUCUCAACCCAAGACCAGUGUUGUCCACGGUUGGUGGUCAACAGCCACCGUCACUUAUUGGAAUUCAGACAGAUUCACAGGACUCGCUGCACUAAAAUUAAACUGGACAGAGCUACAGUAACUCUUCACCCCAUCAUUAGACCAGUGCUCAUCAGACUGAUGCAAAAGAGAACAGUCCUCCUUGAUACUGAGGCUGUGAACUAGUUCUGUGGCAGGGGGCUAGCAUAAGUGGAUGUCUAGGACAUUUUUUGGUUUGUGCAACCAAACUAAAUGUUAUAUAACAAAAAGCCUACAGUUAGCCUCCUUUCUAGAGUAUAUGUUCAGUACAUGAUCUCAUA